UUAGAGUUUAUAUAGUGUCCAUAUCCAUACUUCCAUAGUUGAAUAAUAAUUUUGGCCAAGUACUGAACCAUCUUCAUUGCUGAAGUGAAGAUAAAUUACUUAAGUUUAUAAAAUUAUGUUAUGGAGUGGUUGUUUAUCUUAGCUUCAGUAGCCGCAUCUUUCAUCGUCGUCAUUUUUUUCAUACUCAUUGGUUGGUGUUUGGUUUGGAAGUUAUACUUGUCAAAAUUUAAACUAGUACGGGAACUUCUCUCUCAGCAAACACCCGAAGUUAAUAAUUCUAAUAAGACUCAAUAAAGACUUUUUAAGUAACUCAACUGCCGAAAUAUGAAUAUUCGUUGUGCUAAACCGGAUGACUUGAUGAAUAUGCAGCACUGUAAUCUGCUCUGUCUUCCUGAAAAUUAUCAAAUGAAGUACUAUUUCUACCAUGGUUUGUCAUGGCCACAGUUAAGUUAUGUGGGAGAAGAUGAAAAAGGAAACAUUGUAGGUUAUGUUUUGGCAAAAAUGGAAGAAGAUUGUGAGGAUAAUCCCCAUGGGCAUAUAACAUCACUUGCUGUCAAACGGUCACAUAGACGAUUGGGACUUGCACAAAAAUUGAUGGAUCAAGCAGCUAGAGCGAUGGUCGAAUGUUUUCAGGCCAAAUAUGUAUCUUUGCAUGUGCGAAAAAGCAACAGAGCUGCAUUGAAUUUAUAUACCAAUACAUUGAAAUUUACUAUAUCUGAGAUUGAACCAAAAUAUUAUGCUGAUGGUGAAGAUGCAUAUGCAAUGAAAAAAGACUUAUCACACUUCACAUUGUUGUGUGCUGAUGAUGAUAUACCAAGUAGCGACUCUUUGUCUAACGCUAUGAAAAAAAUUGAAAUUGAUUCUUAAUGAUUUGUGUAUUUUUUUCUUAAAAUAUUAAAAAAAUGAUUUUUAACAU